AUGCGCAGCGAAAGACGAAAACCGGUCGGCCAAAAUGAUCGUUCUCUUUUGGAACAGAGUAUACCUAUCGAUGACAUGAGAGGCCAAGGGUACGACAAUGGUUCAAAUAUGCGAGGUCAAAAUAGUGGCGUUCAAGCUAGAGUGAGAGAAAUUAAUUCAAGAGCAUUUUACGUUCCAUGUAAUGCCCAUUGCUUAAAUUUAGUUUUAAACGACGCUGCGAAUUGCUGUUUAGAUGCCGUUAAUUUUUUUGGUUUAAUUCAAGAGAUUUAUAGCAGAGUUGACGCUGUUAAAGCCAUUCGAUUUCAAGUUGGGGAAGUGUAUGAUUCAUUAAUAGAAAUUGUAGAAGACUUAACACUUGUGAAUGCAACUGGAGUAAAAUGUCGUGCAGAAGCUAAAAGUAUUGCUGAAAAAUUAGUUGAUUUUAAAUUUUUGUGUUGUCUUGUUAUUUGGUAUGAUAUAUUGUUCGAAAUUAACCAUACAAGUAAAUUACUUCAAUCUGUGUCAUUGAAUAUUUCAGAAACUAUAACACAAUUAAAGAAUACAAUAAUAUUUUUGAAAGAAUAUCGUACAGAUGAAGGUUUUCAAAAGACGUUAGGACAAGCUAAGACACUAGCAAAUGAACUUCAAAUUGAGGCUAACUUUCCUGUCCCAACUCGAAUUCGUCGUAGAACUACUCAAUUUGCAUAUGAAUCACGAGACGAACCUAUUCAUGACCCAAAACAAAGUUUUAAAAUUAACUUUUUCAAUCAGAUUUUAGACACUGCUAUUCAAUCAAUCAAUGACAGAUUUUCACAACUUACAGAUCACAGCGAUUUAUUUUCAUUUCUCUAUAAUAUAACUGAAAUUUCUGAUUUUGAUGAACUUAUGAAAAAUUGUAAAGAUUUACAAAUAGCACUAACUUCAAGUGAUGGAUUAAGUACGGAUAUAGUUGCUGUUGAAUUGUAUGGUGAAAUUAUAUCUUUGCAAAAACGUUUUACUUUCGAAACGUGUGAUCCGAAAUCAGUUCUUACGUACAUAUGUAGAAACAAGUUGAUAGAACUUUACCCUAAUACUUAUGUUAUACUAAGGAUUCUAUUGACUUUACCUGUAACUGCUGCAACAGCCGAGAGGAGUUUCUCAAAGCUUAAAAUAUUAAAAAAUUAUUUGCGAACAAAUAUAUCUCAAGACCAAUUAGUAGGAUUAGCCACUCUAUCUAUUGAAAGUGAAAUUGCUGAAGAAUUAGACAUGGAUGAACUUAUACAGAGCUUUGCUUCACUAAAAGCAAGAAAAGUCAAUUUUAAAUAA